CCGACGACACAGAGGCACAACGAUAAGGACAACAACAAAGAUGACAGACUAUCGAAUAAUAACAUUAAAAUCUCUCCCAUCGCGACCCCAUCGCAACAAACACCGCCGGCGUCCCCGCAGCAGGCGAUCGCAUCGAAGCGACUACUUCAAGACACUCUGGCCCGCUCCUCACCCUAUCCCAUGAUAGUUAUUCCCGAUAAGGGUUACUGGAUCGAUGGGACCGAUCACGAAUGCCAUUACGACCAUAGGGGCCAGCCCGUUAUACCUCACGGAACGUGGAGGGCGAAAAUUGAAACCGACGAUACGGCUAAAUGUUAUCGGAGAUUUUUUGUCGGAAGGGAGCACUCGAACCUAAUAGGCCAAGACGAAACGCUAGGACCUGUGUUAUUGUCAGUCAAAACGGAAAACGUAGCCAAUCAGGAACACACCAGGAUACUUCUCAGGCUAAAAACGGGGACGAUGCACGAGAUCGUGCCGACCUCGUGCCUGGGAUCGCAGCCGAAUCCGGCGCGAAUGGCCAAAAUCCUCAACGAACAACUAAAUAUCGACAACUUCACCCCGAUCCUCUGCCCGAAAGCCUCGCAAGCGAUCGCGAACUACGACGAGCACGUUCUAGUGACGAAUUUCAAGUUCGGCGUCCUCUACCAAAGAUUCGGGCAGACCACCGAGGAGGAGCUCUUCUGCAAUAACGAAACGAACGUCUACUUCGACGAGUUCCUCAACCUGCUCGGGCGGAGGAUACAGCUGAAGGAUCACAAGGGAUAUCGGGGCGGGCUCGACAUCCAGAACGGCCAUACGGGCGAUCAGGCGAUCUACGAGAUCUUCAAGGAGCGCGAGAUCAUGUUUCACGUCUCGACGCUCCUGCCGUACACCGAAAGCGAUCCGCAGCAGUUACAACGAAAGAGGCACAUAGGGAACGAUAUUGUCGCGAUUGUCUUUCAGGAGGCGAACACGCCGUUUUCGCCCGAUAUGAUCGCCUCGCAUUUUCUUCACGCGUUUAUCGUUGUGCAGGUUAUCGAGCCGAAUUCCCCUAACACGAGAUACAAAGUGAGCGUGACAGCACGAGACGACGUACCAUUCUUCGGGCCGACGCUACCAACGCCAGCCGUCUUCAGGCACGGUCCGGAAUUCAAGGAGUUUCUCCUAACGAAAUUGAUCAACGCCGAGAACGCGUGCUACAAGGCCGAGAAGUUCGCAAAGUUAGAACUGCGAACGCGCACCUCCCUCUUGCAGACUUUAACCGACGACCUUCGGGAGAAGACCACCGAAUUUCUCGGCGGUAGCGGAAGCCUCAUCCCGGGCACGCCGAAAAGCGACUCGGGCGCCGGCUCCAGGUUUAUCGACACCGUGAAGAAGGCGUGGAGCGCUCGCGUCAAAUCGAGCCAGAGCAUGGACAACAACCUUUCUACUUCUCACGUCCACGAGAAGCUCGCGAAGAAGUCCAGUCAGCCCACCAUAUCCGAGUCGACGCCGUCAAGCGGCCGCUCCCUGUCGAAAAGCUCGAUCGUCUCCAACGGCAAGAAGAGCGGCGGCUCGUCGACUGCCUCGUCGCCCGACUUGACCGCGCACGCGCACACGCGACCCGCCAUGUCCGAGGCUAGCGACGACUCCUCGCUAACGAGCGAGGACUUGGAGCACCUCGCCGGCGGCUACAUCGAUAGCGAUACCGGCUUGGAGAGUAUGUCCAGUGCGGAAACAGCGGCUAAGGCAUGUAGUGUGUGCCAGGAAAGGCCGAUGUGUAUCACAGGCAUUAAUAAUGAUUCCCUCAUACAGGAGGUUACACGACUGAAAUGUGAUAAGCUCGAUUUACUUAAACAGAACGUGAAUUGUCAGCGGGACAUCAAGAGAUUGCGAGAGAAAGAGAUUAACCUGCAGGGGGACUUGGCGAUCGCCACCAAAGAAAUUCUCCGGUUACGCGAGCUGUUGAAAGAUUACAGUCCGAAUGGUGAAGUUUCCACAAUUUAGUUGGUCGGUGUUACUUUUUGAUUCGUAUGAAUGUGUAUUUUAAUCCUUACAGGGUUCUGUUUUACUUUUACUCGUUUGAGAGUUACAAUUACUAAUUUAGCAAUGGGCAGUGCUCUUAUUUCGUUUUCAUUAAACUGUGCAAUUAUUCCAGUGUAAUUUUUUUUGUUGUUGUUAGCGCGAUUGAGUUUUCUAAUUGAAUUUCUUGAUAUAAUAUUCAAUUAUAGUAAAACUAAAUGAAGUAGCUAGAAAUCAAAAAUUGUUGUCAAUUAAUGUUCGCACCCAGUCUUUAAAUCACAUCACCCGCAGAUCGCACAGAUUGGUACAACUUUCUCUUCUUGCCAAGCCGCGAAAAGGUGGCACCGAUCUGUACAAACUCUUCUUGUUGUUGUUUCUCUACCUUAAGAAGCAAAUCUUUGUCCUUGAUAUUUAUUUAAGUUACAAACAAUUACCAACAAAAUGAUACCAAAGUUAACAUUCCCCAAAAAUUUAUGUGUUUUCAAAACUAAGUUAUUUACUAAAGUGUACAUAACAAAGUAUUUAUAGGUUUGUACGUUAACGUCUACUUCUCGAAGUAGACGAUAGUAUUAAAGAUUGUUGGAGGAGAAUGUGGAAGGCAAUUUUUGAACGAAUUUUUAUUUGAUCUGGUGAAGUUUUUGGUUGAAAAGUAUUAUUAAUUUUAUCGUCAUUUAAGUAUUUAAUUAACUGUACAUAAACUUCAAUGUGAUUUUUUAAUCCAUAUACGUUCUUCGUGUUGAGAAUUUCUUAAAUGGCCUUCGUAGUUGAUCUAAUGUAUAGUAUUCCUACACUUUAGUAAGUGUUUGUAAAUUAUAUACCUAUAUAUAGAAGAAAUAAAAGAUAUUUGUAUGUAUUCUCUCUCUACUGAAACAAAAGCUUUUGAUUACAUAUAAGUUUAUUAGUACCUAAUAUUUUUUUGUAAGUGUUCUUUUUGUAAU